AUGGCUCACGCUAUUUUCUCCCCAGGCCUUUGGCAGCCGGCUUUGCACAGGGUCGUAUUGCUCCUGGUUUUGUAUCUCGCCCUUGUCCAUCCAUCGAACUCUUCUGUUAUCCAGAGGCGUGCUGCACCUCCCCAAAAGCUGCCGAAAAGGGCGACAGAAAACGACCUACGUUACCAGCCGGCCUUGGACUUUGAUACCGAUUCCUGCUACAACGUACCCGCCAUUGGCUGUGAUGGAAAGAUUUCAGAGGGACUUGAACCCGAUGGCACUACGAAAGACUGUCGUGACCUCGCCGACCUUGAUAACACCAAUGUCUAUUCUCGUCAGCGAUGCAACAGCGGCUGGUGUGCCUACAUGUACGAUUACUACUUCGAAAAGGACCACGCUGAUAUCGGUGCACACAAACACGACUGGGAGCACAUCAUAGUUUGGGUUCCUGACGACCGAGCCAACAAUAAGAAGUAUGCGUGUGUGUCUCAGCAUGGUGAAUGGCUAUGCAACCCAGAGGAUAAAGUGCUCUGGAAGGACGAACACCCAAAGAUUGUUUACCACAAGGAUUGGUUCCAGACUCGUGCCUUCCGCUUUGCCAAUGCGGAAGAUGAUAAAUACCAGGAGAAUGAGCGCCAUGACUGGCAACUUGGCGAUCUGGUUGGUUGGUUUGGAUUUCCGACAACAGAGCUUCGGUCGGCCCUGGAAACCCAUCAUUUUGGCAGUGCGAGCUUUGCUCUUGGUGGUAGUUUCACGACCAACCUCAAGAAUUCCUUGACUGCUUGGUGUGACGACAAAUUCCCUCCUGACGGCGGAGACCUCGCAGUCUGUAAAAUGCAGCAUUUCCCUCAUCCUUUCGAUCCUGCGAGAGACGACAACGGCUCUCCGGGCCAGCCGCCAGGAGGUAACGGUAACGGGUGCAACCCAACAAAUCCUGGUACGCCUGGGCCUGCAGUUGGCGUCAUCAAUGCCAUGAUUGUAGGAGACUCAAUUACUCAAGGGUUUGAGGGCGACUAUACCUGGAGGUUCCGCCUCGCGGAGUGGUUCAAGUCGGAGAGCAUUACCCCGAACUUUGUUGGUCCUUGGACCGGAACACAUACCAACGCCGAGCCGAGCGACCCGAAACCUCCCCGUCUGAUCGGAUCUGGGCCAGUACCGCCAGACGCGCCCCGAACAGGCGGAGCAUAUGCCAACGGUGUCUCCUUUAAAAGCAAUCAUUGGGCUUUGUGGGGCCGCCAAGCUGCUCAGGUCAAGAACGAGAUUCGCGGCCAGGUCUCAACACAUUCGCCAGAUUGGUUGCUUGUCAUGCUUGGAUUCAACGAUCUUGGCUGGUGGGUGAGUGGGCCUGACGGCACCUUAGCCAGCAUGAAGGCCAUCGUUGAUGAAGCGCGUGCCGCAAAGUCCAACGUCCGCAUCCUGAUUGCUAACGUCAUCCAUCGAACCUUCAUCGAGGGCCGUGACGAUCUUGUAACCAACACGAAUAUCUACAACGAUAUGCUGAAGAAUGCGAUUCCGGGCUGGAGCACAUCAUCCUCUCCUAUCAAGCUCGUCGACGUAAACUCUGUAUAUAGCUGUGCUCCACUUGGCGACUGCUCAGCUGCCUACGAUGGACUGCAUCCGGGGCCCAAGGGAGAAUACCAGAUCGCUCACGCCUUCAGCAAGACUCUUGUUGCGAUGGGUGCGGGUAAAUCAGAAUUAUCCGUUCCAGGCAGCUUCCCGGCAUCCAAGGCCCCCACGGUUCCUAACAAUGUUCGAGUAUCACAGGCUCCGUGGGGUCUAAAAGUCACCUGGGACAAAGUGUGGGGUGCGAAUGCGUAUGAGGUCCGCUCGCGUCAGAAGGGAAUGAGCCAGUGGUCAUACUGGCCGUCCGGUAUCGCCUGGCCCGUGAACCGUUGGGACAACAGCUGGGUCCUUGAAGGACAAGAAUGGGAAUACUCGGUACGGACGAAUACGGGAACUGGCCGGACGUCUGAAUGGUCAGGCACCGCUACUGCUGUUGCAAAACCAACGAAUCCGAAGGGACCCAACAAUGUCUGGGUUGAACCUCGAGGAAACUCCAUAUUUUUGCGAUGGGACGCUGUGCCUGGGGCCAUCUCUUACGAGGUUAUCACCUUUGAUAACGAUGCGACAGGGACGACAUUCCCCAACGGCCGCGGUGUCCAAGGGACCAGCGUUACCGUCAGCGAUGGGUUGACAGCCGGUCACAGAAAUGCUAUUGCCAUUGUCACAUGGGUAUCCUCCGGCCCUGGAUGGCCCACUAUUGGCAUGUCGGUGCGUGUCGGUGCAGGCCAGCCUGGGACGAUUCAAGGUCUUCGUGUCAGCAACACUGACCCAACUACGGUUCUCCUCAGCUGGCCUCACACCACAAACUUUGCCAGCUAUCGUGUGUGGUUCCGCAAUCACAAGACGAACGAGGCCUUUCGGACAGAUGAGUACUCCAUUGCCACGGAUAACUCGCAUACCGUUGCCUUUUUGUUCCCCGGCACGUGGAAUUAUGAGUUCUAUGUCGUGGCCAUGAAUGGAAAUAUUGAGGGCGGUCGUUCAAAUACCGUUAUACCACCGGUCUAUCCGGGCUUCCAGGGAUAG